AUGGUUUUAUGGAACACUGGGUAUAAAACCCCCAAAGUAGCUAUGCUACCCUGAAAAACUCUUUGCUCCCAGGGUGGUUCAUGACAAGCAGUGAUCGGUGUCUUUAUUUACUAUCUUAGAAUUCUACAUAUUUAUGCAGCUAAAGGUAUGAGGGCGUAUACAUUGGCAGCUGCAGAGCGCAUGAAAUUGCUGCGAAGACUUGAUGUCAAGGAACACAGAGGAAAGACUCCUCUGCUGGUGGCUGUCACUGCCAGGCAGCCAGCUAUUGUCUAUGAUUUAAUCCAGGCAGGAGCGGAUGUCAAUGCUGUAGACAACAAAGGGCAGUCAGCUUUACAUCUUGCUGCAACAUAUGGCUAUGCCCAAGUUCUUCAGGUUAUACUGUCAAUAGGAUUCCCUCUUGAUUUAGAAAUGAAGGAUUUUGAAGGGCAUACUCCACUCCACUGUGCUGUUCUGGCCCACAACGCCCUGCUCCGAGAGCAGGGUUGCCAGAUGUUGCCUGAGGAACAGCAGAAAAAGCUUCAGCACCAGAGUGAGGAUCUGGAGUCCUGUAUCCAGCUCCUAGUGCAAACAGGAGCCUCCAUCUACAGCAGGGAUGUCAAAAGCAGCAAGACAGUUCUUCAUUAUACGGUGCAGGAUGGGAACCUCUCCCUGCUCAGAUACUUCUUGGAGUUAAAUGCUUUCAAGUCCAAGGACUUUGUCAACAACAAGGCCCAUGGCAACACAGCUCUGCAUAUGGCAGCCGCAUUGCCCUGUGACAAGAACCAGAAAGAAAUAGUCCAGUUGCUCCUUGACCACGGGGCAGACCCAAGCAUCCGAAAUUUGGACAAUGAUCAACCAAUCCACAUGGCUCCUUCUGGAAAAGCUGGAGAUCAGGUUAGGCAUUUGCUGAAGAAAGGGAAAGUUGCAUCUGCCUUCAUUUCCUGUCACCAAAGUACCAGAUCCUAGGUUGCCUGCAGGUUCCGGAAUGGCUUCAACCUCAGCUUGCUGAUUGCACUCUUAGGAGAAUCAAAACAUCCCUGCUCCUAGAGUCUUUAAAUGAGAGUGGGAUGACAGUGUUUCUCAACCUAUGGACCAUGAGUAACAUAUCAGAAGAUGAGCUUUCAGAUGCCUCAAGCAUUGCUUGCAAGCAAAGAGGCAAGCAAAGCAAAUGGCUGUUACAUAAAUAACCAACCUGUACUUGAUUUGGUGGCAACUGAAACUCGUAGUGGUAAAGGAACACAAGACAGUAGUUUGGUUAUAAAAGGUUGAGAAAUACUGCUCUUGGACAUGGUCAACUCGUGCCUCUUGUUAGAUGCUGUAACAGGGGUACUGGUUGAAAUGUUGAAGCCUUUUUGAUGUGCAAUUACCUUCACUGUGCCUGCUAGCCUGGGAAUGCUGGAACCUGACGGGGAGGAAAAGAGUGGAUGGAAGAGGACAUGUCAGCUUGAGGAGUCAUCCAUGGCUGUAUUUUACUAGAAU